AUGGAGUAUUACAAUCGACUGAGAAUUGUUCCGGCAAGCCUGAGUCCCAAAACUGCAGCCGAAGAGGUUCCCGCAGAGGAGGGUGACAAAUGCGACGCCUACAUCAGCGAAAAGGGCAUGUGGGGAGUACUUGAUGCCCUGCGAAUGCGCUUCGCCGCAUCUCCGCCGACCCGAAAACCGCGCAUCAUCAGCAUAGGGUCCCUUUCCAUUGAAGAGCAAAUCGAUGAUGCCCAGGAACAGCUCGCGAAGGACGUCAGACCUCUCUGCUUAUGGUUCAUAGGGAUGAUUGGUGAGGAAGAAGUUCUCGACGACGAUUUCUUUCUCAAGGAGACGUCUCACGGCAGCAAAGGGAGCGAUUCCAGCAGCUAUCCCAACAGCGAUAAUUCAAGCAACGAGAGCGACUCCAGCACCAGUCCGAGCAGCAUUUCAUGUCAAGACUGGGAUUUGUCCGCCCCGCCCAGAACGCCAUACAAUGACAAGAUGGAAAUGGAGUGUACUGUCAGGAUAGAGUGCAACAAAGAACUCUACAGUUCCAGUCUGAUUGUACGACCAAGCCUCCUCACGUACACAAAGCCGUGCGGCCUCGAGGCAGUACGGGUCGGCCAGGAAGGAAACCCACGGCCGGGCUGGACGAUUAGCAGAUUUGACGCUGGCCAUUGGCUGUAUCAGCAUGGUAUAUGCGGCACCAUGGAAGGUAUUUCUACAAUCACUACUUAG